UCUUGGAGGAUACAUCAUAUGGAUGUGGACUCUGCGUUUUUGACUAGGGAGUUAGAAGAAGAGUUGUAUGUGAAACAACCACCGGGGUACAUCCAAGAAGGAGAGGAACACAAGGUAUUGAAGCUACGCAAGGCAUUGUACGGGCUACGACAAGCUCCUCAGGCAUGGAACAUCAAGCUUGAUCGUACAUUGAUUUCUCUUGGAUUUGAGAAAGCGCCACUAGAGCAUGCUAUGUACAAGUGAGGUGAAGGCAAGGAUCGUCUGUUAGUGGGCAUCUAUGUGGACGAUCUAUUGAUAACUGGAGCAGACCAAGAGGUGAUUGCAAACUUCAAGCUACGAAUGGAGGAGCUAUUCAAGAUGACUGAUCUAGGGCUCUUGAGUUACUACUUUGGGAUAGAGGUACAACAAAAGCCGGAGGGGAUCACACAAUGUCAGGAGGCAUAUGCAAAGAAGAUAGUUGAAAGUUGUAGCAUGGAAGAUUGCAACCCAAGUCAUGUUCCGAUGAAGCCUUGUGUUGUUCUAAGCAAGAAGAGUGAAGCACCCGCGGUUGAUGCAACGGAGUAUAGAAGUGUGGUCCGAAAGCUGAGGUAUCUCACGAAUACAAGACCGGACUUGGCCUAUUCUGUUGGCAUAGUGAGUCGCUUCAUGGAAGCACCCAUGGCGGAACUUUGGGCAGCUGUUGAAAAUAUACUCAGGUACAUCAAAGGGACAACAAAUUUCGGUUGUGUCUAUUUGAGAGAGAAGAAGAAGGAGAUGCUGGAGCUACGUGGCUACAGUGAUAGCGACAUGGCAGGAGAUGUGGACGACCGUAAGAGUACCUCGGGCGUGGCAUAUUUCUUGGGAGGAAGCAUAGUGAGUUGGCUAUCACAAAAGCAGAAGGUGGUCGCAUUAUCAUCUCGUGAAGCGGAAUAUAUUGCAGCUGCAACCGCGGUGUGUCAAGGUGUUUGCCUAGGAAGGCUACUCGGUGAUCUCACAGGCAAGGAACCUGAACGAGUGGUGCUCAACGUUGACGACAAGUCUACAAUCUCUCUGUGGAAGAAUCCAGUGUGUCAUCAUGGUAGAUGGAAACACAUCGAUACGAGGUAUCGGUACCUAAGGGAGUGCGUGGAAGAAAGUAAGAUUGACGUCAACUAUGUUUGUACCAAUGACCAGCUUGCAGAUAUCCUAAUCAGAUCUUUGGGAUGACAGAAGUUCGUGAAGAUGCGGCGAAGGAUCGGCGUCCAAGCUGUCAAGUGAGGACAUCGUGUUUAGGGGGUGAGUUCACAAACAAACGCGAGCAGCCACAUGAGCUACCUGCCGUUUCUGAUUAUUAUUAGAGGCAAAUACUUAAUAACAAG